AGUAAUGGGUUGGACAAGGCCGAAACAACUAGUUAUUCCGCAAGUAUGGGACACUUUUCAAGCAAAGGACGUUGACAGUGAUCAAUUGGUAACGUACAGAGUGGAAGAUCUUACGGAGGAUCGCUAUGAAGAUGCGAUUCAGCAUUUUGUGGAAAAUUACUUGGAUGACGAACCACUUCAUAAAAAUAGGAAGUUUUCGGAGGAUGAACUGUCGGUAGCAGAAGUAAAAGAUUUCUGGCAGUGGUGUUUCGAUCAAAAAAUGACCAUCGUGUGUUACAAGGAAGGUUCUCGAGAAAUUGUCGGUGUAAAUCUUUUACACGUUAAAGGGUUCGAUAAAAUGCAUGACUCAGAAGUGAGGCAGACGAAAAGCGAGCAUUUGAAGGAUAUUGAAGCUACCCACGAAUAUAUGACGGAUCAGUUCCAAGUAUGUCAACAUUAUAACGUGAUAUUCUACUUGACCUCUUAUGGAUUAGCUAUCAAUCGGCGGUACCGAGGGCGAGAGAUUGCCACAGAAAUGCUGCGGUCUCGCAUUCCUCUAUGCAAGACUUUAGAAAUAAAAGUGACAGCAACCGAUUUUACUGCCUUGGGGUCGCAGUUAGCCGCUGCUAAGGCAGGUUUUCAAACGAUCGUGGAAGUGACAUAUGAUGAUUUUUCUAAAAUGGGACCGAGGUAUUCCUACCCUGGAAUAAAAUCGAAAAGUUUAAAACUGAUGAGCUUAGAAAUUGAAUAA